AUUGCAGUCUGAGCUCGAUUCGCACAAGUGUUGGUCAUCUGUUUCCACUCCUAAGCGUUUGAACAUUGCACAAAAAGUCUGUUCAAGUUUGAGUCUGUUUUUCUAGCAGAUUUUUAUGCCCGUGUGAAAAUAACGAAGUAGCCAAAAAACCGGAAGUGUAUGUACUACAUAAUUGCUAAGUAUUUAAUUGCUAAAUUUGUUCAUCUAUCGAAUUUAACUGGACGUACCUAUAUUUAAAUUCUACAGUUUAACAUAUGUAUGUAUUUAUGCUCCAAUUUUUAUUUUUUUCAAUAAACUUUCGCAACCUGCACUAUUACAAAUCUGGUAGAAUUGAUUUAGUAAUAGGUUGGUUCCGGAUAGGUUGUAGUUUAUUGGUAAAUUUAUAAUUACUAAAACAUUACCAAACGGUAAAGUCCAUUGUUACCAGUGCUGUUUGAUAGAGUAGUACAUACUCGGAUCAGUAACCAUCUAAUACCAGUUUUUUAAGAGUGUAACUUGGAACCUGAACCAGUCACGCAAAACAUGUAAAUAUUCCUAAUUUUUAACAUAUUUUCUCCUUCUUUUCAAUCUGUUCGAGUUUGGAUCCGUUUUGCGAGAAGGCUUUUGUCCCCCCCUGAACAAUAUCGAUACUCAAACGACCAACCACCAAUUUAAUUUUCCUAAUGGCUGAAUCUCUUCCUCUGGAAAAAGCACUUGAAAAUCUACACAUAUCAAAACCUCCAAAAAAACAAGCUCCAUGUUUUGUCAUCAACGUGAUCGCACACGUUCCCGAUGUACAAAACCCUGCGGAAAUUUCGGACGAAGAAUGCGACUGGGAAAUGGAUCAAGGGAUCAAACUGGGAGGCGUUAAAUUACGCAUGGUCACGCUGAAAGAUCCCAAACUCUCCACUUCCAGCGACUCAAACUGGGUGCAUAAUUUCAUACAUAAACUGGAACAGGAAGCAUUAAAUUGCGAAAAUUGUUACCAUCCAGACUUCACCCAUGAAAAUAUUGCUAUUGUAAUAUUUUUAAAUAGAAUGCUCUCCCUGAGCAAGGCCCAUAAUCAGGCGGCAGUUGACGAGUAUAGGGUGGCCCUUAAUAUUAAUCAGGAUAACGUUAAAAUUAAGUUUAAAGUAAUUUGUGGGUUUUGGCAGAGAAAACUUUAUAAAUUGAAAGACAAAGAAAUAACUUAUGAGGAGGCUGUAAAGAUUUAUGAACGACUGGACGCAAAACAUAGGGAAAUAUACUUGUCUACUAGGGAAAAAGGUGUUAGCGUGCCAUAUCAAAGUUUGCGAGAAAACUUAAAAAAUUCCCAGGAAACAAAAGAUUUUGUAAAACAUUUUAGAAAUCAAGACGCUAAAAUGGUUUAUUUAAGUUUAAUUGAUUCCGAUACCGUCAAUUUUAACGGGAUAUAUUGUCAGUACUACGAUUUAGCUGAAACUCAAUCUCCUACCGUUAUGUCCACCGGGUAUAAUUUCGAGCUUGAUACCAAGUCAGGUGACGGGUUUAAAAUUGCGAGCGAACUAGAUAGACAAAUUAGAAUUAAAACAGCAAGCUAUUUCCCAUUCGGGGUUUAUUACCCCGAACCGAAUACUUGUAUUUUGAUUUCUCCCAAAACCGAAACUCUGGAAGAAAGUUUUAUUGACCUCAAACGAGGUGAUGGUAACGGACUUGAAAGCGCUGUCCUGCUCGGGAACAUAAUUCAGAAACGCCAAAAGUCCAAAAAUUUAAAGUUCCUAUUUUACCGGGGAAACCCACUAAUUACCCGGAUUCCUGACCGGGCUAGAAAAGUAAAGGUUACUAACCAAGAUAUAACAUUUAGUCCCCAACUGACCCAAAGAUUGCAAGUACUCCGGAAAGAUAUCGAUACUUGUGCGAAAAUUUCGCAAACUCAUUUCGACCAUUACAAUUGGUUUACUAUGUUAAACAUCAAUAAAGGCUUUACCUACAAUACUAAAGAAUUUAAAAACAUAGGGAAAUAUGCUGAAGCAAAUGAACCGCAUAUAAAAAAGUGUCUAAAAAAGAGGUACGACUACACUUGUAAAAGUUUGUUGAGCAUGAUCGGAAAAGGAAAUGGCACUCCGGUCGAGCUUAACGAUGCCGUGACGAUUUUAAAGAAAUUAAUUUCACCUCCGGAAAUAAUGGAUUUAAUUAACCUGGCAGCACAGGAGAUCAGAAGGUAUAAAAAUGAUAACAAAUCCUUGCUCCAAACCGCCUACGCGGCAAUGAUACAGGAAUUAUUUACCGAUUUAGAAAUACCUGAAAUGGUUCAUGAAAUAGCCGAGCUCUUGAGUAAGGAUAAAAUUGAUUUGCAAACUGUGGAAGCCGUUUGUGAAAAGGGUCAUUCGUUUCCCGACGCCCAAAAAUUUAAAUGGCAUUGUUUCAAUUAUGAAAAUGGUGUCACCUGGUUUAUAGAGCACUGCAAGUCGAAAGAUAAUUAUGAAGAUGCCGUCGAGUUUGUGAAAGAAUAUUAUUGGGAAGAUGUUGAUUUGGUGGAUAUAGAAGAAACAUUUUGUGAAGGGGACACUUCGGAAGGGUAUGCUGAAUGGGGUAUGUUUAUUAAUUUGUGGGGGAUGGACUGUAAUGGAGUCCCUUUCGGGGAAGGGUUCGACGCUGAAGAGGAAGAUAUCGAAUCGAUGGUGGAAUAUUAUCGGGAUCAUUAAAAUCAGGUUUUACCAUUACAUGAUACCAGUAGAUAAUUGCUCAUCUAUUAUAACUAUAAUUAGGAUACUUCAGCAAUUAUAAAUUUUAUUACCACAAAUUAGAUAUAUGUAUAUAGUUUUUUAGGAUAAUUAUUAAUCUUAAAGCAAUCGCACUUACGCGUAUACUAUUUAGUACACUCUUAAACAAAUCGUUACCAGAAUGAAUACCACGCGGAGUACAUAUAUGACUCUACCGCUCUGGUAUUCUUUUGGUUACUGGACGGGAUUGAUUUGGGUUAAUACCAAUCGAGUAUUCAUUUACAACAAUAGCGUAAUAUUAUUAUUACUCCGUCUCGUAUGUGCUCGUUACUGCUCGGUAUUCUUAGAAUACAACGUUGUAAUAAUGUUAUUACUGCAUGGGUUCAAUACAGUGUACUUAUGGUAAUAAUUUUCAAGGGUUCGUUACUCACUGGUAAUAAAGUUUUGCUACAACUGGUGAUAUAAUUUAUAUAUUUUUAUUGAAUAUAUUCUAACAAUUAAUUGACAAUGGAUCAUUUAAUGGCAUACAUUCUGACAAAAAUUAAACACGAAAACAAUUUAAAAUAUUAAUAUUCAUAAAUAAUGCCUAAGUACUAAAUGGAGCGUGUCGCUUUUAC